GUGAGAAGCGCCCAGGCCGGGGGCGGCUCCAAGCGCGCCCAGGGCGCCCCUCGGGCUGUGCGGGCAGGCACAGACGUCGGCCACGGAGGAUCUGGCCGCCAAACUGCUUCGCCGUUGGGCGGACGGGGCAGCGGCCACGGCUACGUCUGUCCCUUCCCAACCCCGCCAAUCGGCGUUUCUGCCCUCCAUCCCCGCGGUCCGCACGGGGCAGGGUCACUGGGGGCAACGCAAGCCCUGAGCCGGGCAGGGAGAACGCAUGCAGGCCUCACUUCCGCCCCGCUCGGAGGCCGGCCAGGCGGGGACGGAGCCGUCGCGGGAGGAGGCGCUCCGAGUGCGCGUCACUUCCGGCGAGCCUAGUACUCGCAGCGACCACGGCAACAUGGCCCUGAACGGCGCUGAAGUCGACGACUUCUGCUGGGAGCCUCCGAGCGAGGCGGAGACGAAGGUGCUGCAGGCGCGCCGGGAGCGGCAGGAUCGCAUCUCUCGGCUCAUGGGCGACUACCUGCUGCGGGGUUACCGCAUGCUGGGCGAGACGUGCGCGGAGUGCGGGACGAUCCUCCUGCAAGACAAACAGCGCAAAAUCUACUGCGUGGCGUGUCAGGAGCUGGACUCGGACGUGGAUAAAGACAAUCCGGCCCUGAACGCCCAGGCCGCCCUGUCCCAGGCCCGGGAGCACCAGCUGGCCUCGGCCGCAGAGCCCCCCGCGGGGCCUCGGCCGGCCCCUCAGCCCCCCGUGCCCCGGCCCGAGCACUGCGAGGGAGCCGCGGCCGGGCUCAAGGCGGCCCAGGGCCCGCCGCCCAUCGCCACGCCCGGGCCCCCCAGCGCCGUCCCUCCCCUCGCAGACGCCGCCGUGGCCUGCACGCAGGCCGCCCUCCUGCAGAAGCUGAGCUGGGCCUCGGCCGAGCUGGGCUGCAGCACGUCAGUGGAGGCCAGCGUCCAGCUGUGCGGCCUGAUCCGGGCGUGCGCCGAGGCCCUGCACAGCCUCAAGCAGCUGCAGCACUGAGACCCCCCCCCCCCCCGAGAAAAAACCUGUGGGGCUCGGGGGAAACAAGAAGGCUGUUUCUCUGCGUG